CCCUGAGGGAGGGAAAUGGUUCCCAAACAUUACGGAAAACCCGACUUGGACCAUGUCCCCGAUCAUCCACUCCACUCUGAUUUGGUUACAAGAUUAAAGAAAGCCCUGGACGUUGGGGAUAAAGAGACCGUGGCAGAGAUUCUCUGCACUGAAGUCAAGCAUGUGGAUGCCACCAUAGAACUAUCCAACGACGACUGGAUGAAGUCCCCCACAGCUCAGCUGCACCCUCUGGUGUUAGUAGGAGAUCUGAAGAGGCUCAAAGCCUGGAUAGAUCAGCACUACGAAGAUGUCAACAUGACCUUUGAGAUCAAUAAAAACGAGCUGGAAUGGCAGGUGAAAAGCCACGCUGCGUUUGGGUUGUCAGGCCUGUGGUCCCUAGAAUACAAGCGGGAACUCACCAAUCCCCUCUGCAUCUCAGCCAGCCAUGGACAUACUGCCUGCCUUCGUCACCUGCUGUUCUGGCGGGCGGACCCCAACGCAGCCCCAGGGGGACAGGGGGCGCUACACGAAGCCUGCAAAGGAGGACACGUGGACUGUGUGGAGCUUCUGCUGGAGCACAAGGCCAACCCCAACAUCCUGAACGAUGAUGGUCAAGUGCCUUUGCACCUCUGCACCAGCCACAACUCCUUGGGGUGUGCAAAAGCUUUGGUGGCCUUUGGCGCCUGGGUCAACCAGCCCAGCGAAGAGACCCAGGAAGCCCCUCUUCACACCGCAGCCAAGCACGGCCUGUAUGAGCACACCCACCUGUACCUCAGAAAUGGCGCUACGGUGGACGCCAAGAACAGCCUGGGGGAGACAGCACUCGGCCUCGCCUGCAGAGAAGCGAAGGAGAGGGAGACCCAAGAAAGCUACUUGCGGGUUUGCCGACUGCUGCUUUCGUACGGAGCCGAGGUGAAUUCUGAGGAUGAGGAGAUGAAGACCCCGCUUCACCAGGCCUGCAAGAACGCCCAUCACAGCCUGGUUCUUCUCCUGCUGCAAAAGCAAGCGGACGUCAACGCCCUGGACUACAAUGGGGCGACUCCGCUGUCCUGCGUCCUCCAGGCGGGGGCUUUCAAACGAGAGCUGAGACCGCACCGCACGGUGCAGACCCUGAUGAACCACGGCUCGCCAAAAAUAUGGCCGACGGCUUUCGUCAAGGUGCUGAAAUCUUGUGCCUCCGUGCCAGAGAUCCUCGAAAUCCUUUGCAAUUCCUACCCUCAUCUGCCCAUCUCUGAGAAGUGGGUGGACGCUAUUCCCAAGGAAGAUUUUCAGAGGUGUCGGCCUUUCUACGAGUCCCUCUUCCGCCAGGCGCACCCGGUUCGGACCCUGCAGCACCUGUGCCGCUGUGCCCUCAGACGGACACUGGGCAGGAGAUGCCACCAUCUCAUCCCCUUGCUCCCUGUGCCCCAUUCCUUACGAAGCUACCUCCUGCUGGAACCGGAGGGAGUCCUCCUCUGAAGGUCCCGCAGCCCCUCCACCGAACGUCGACACCGUGUCCUUUUGCUGCCUCGUCUCCACUGAUGUACAGCAGACUUCGCUGCUUGUCUGUCCACGA